GCGUGUGUAAUCUGACAGUUCUAUGAUAAAUGACAGUGACAGAUAGAGUUUUUAGUGAUGAUAUUUAAUAAUGACGAAGUAAAUUAGUUACCUUGUGUUUGGUUGCGUCAACGAACGUUCAAGUAGACAAAUUAAAAUCCUCAAGUCUUGAGAUUUAAUGUCAGUAAAUAUUUCUAUUAAAUCUGGUGUGUUAUUGCUCUGUUGUAACAAACUGUCACUUUGUGUUUAUGGUACUAAUCAAAUAUUAAGUAAUUUAAACUAAAUUGCGUGUUAAAUGGCAGAUAAUGAAUUGGCAAUAUCAAAACCAAGCUGGUUUUGGAGUUGGAUGAAUUGGACCCACUCUUCAAUCAGCAUGCUGAGGACAGCAGAGAAAACGAUUUUAUCGUGUUUAAAAAUUCCAUACCGUGGUUGGUACGUUGAUAUAGGUCCGGUUGUGGGAGCGGCGGAUAAAAUAUGGACAAUUUCGUUGAACGAAGAAAGUACCAAAUCCCCCUUGGUUUUGCUCCAUGGAUUAGGCGCUGGGGUAGCAUUGUGGUGUCUUAAUUUGGAUGCUUUAGCAAAAUCGAGGCCUGUGUACGCCAUCGAUGUUUUAGGUUUUGGCAGGAGUUCUCGUCCUGGAUUUAGUAGUGAUGCGCAGGAAGCAGAAAGGCAACUAGUUCAAUCCGUAGAAGAGUGGAGAAGAGAAAUGAAUUUGGAUUCAAUGAUAAUAUUGGGACAUAGUAUGGGAGGAUUUUUGGCAGCUUCCUAUGCUAUUCGAUAUCCUGAUAGAGUCAAACAUUUGAUACUGGCAGAUCCAUGGGGAUUUCCCGAAAAACCGCAGGACGUUGCUGCAAAAUACAACUUGCCAUUUUGGGUCAGAGCUGUUGCAUUUGCCGUGCAGCCGUUUAAUCCUUUAUGGGCAGUUCGCGUGGCUGGACCAUUUGGUCAAUGGGUGAUCGAAAAAGCGAGACCAGAUAUUGUUCGUAAAUAUGCAGAUCUGGUACCCGACUACGAACGGGUUAUUCCGCAGUACAUACAUCAAUGUAAUUCGCAGACACCAUCAGGUGAAAGUGCUUUUCAUGCUAUGAUGACCGGAUUUGGUUGGGCCAAAUUUCCGAUUGUCAGACGCUUAGACCAGCUUAGAGAUGAUAUUCCAAUAACUUUGAUCUAUGGAUCAAGAUCAUGGGUGGAUAAUAGUGCUGGUGAAACUAUUAAACAGCACAGAACAAAAAGCUAUGUUAAUGUACAGGUUAUAACAGGUGCUGGUCAUCAUGUAUAUGCUGAUAAAGCACAAGUUUUUAAUAAGCAUGUCAAUGAUGCUUGUUCUAAAGCCGAUAAUGAUAGAAAUGAAUCUGCAGAAUUAAAAGCAAUACUUGGGCCUGAUGACAGUACUAAAUAACUGAUAAAAUAAAAGGUCGCGUGUAAUAUUUUUAGAAAAAUUUUAUAUUUAUAUUGUGUGUGACAGUGAUGUAUAUAUAUAAAUUUUAUUUCAUUUAUUUUA